GGGAGGGCAGGAAACCCUCCUGGAAGUAUGAAGGAGAUGGUGGGAGGCUGCUGUGUGUGUUCCGACGAGCGCGGCUGGGCGGAGAACCCGCUCGUCUAUUGCGACGGCCACGGCUGCAAUGUGGCCGUGCACCAAGCCUGUUAUGGAAUCGUGCAGGUUCCCACGGGCCCCUGGUUCUGCCGGAAAUGCGAAUCGCAGGAACGAGCCGCCCGGGUGAGGUGCGAGCUGUGUCCCCACAAGGACGGGGCCCUGAAGCGAACGGACAACGGGGGCUGGGCACACGUGGUGUGCGCCCUGUACAUCCCCGAGGUGCAGUUCGCCAACGUCCUCACCAUGGAGCCCAUCGUGCUCCAGUACGUCCCCCACGACCGCUUCAACAAGACCUGUUACAUCUGCGAGGAGCAGGGCCGGGAGAGCAAAGCGGCCUCGGGGGCCUGCAUGGCCUGCAACCGGCACGGCUGCCGCCAGGCCUUCCACGUCACCUGUGCACAGAUGGCUGGGCUCCUGUGUGAGGAGGAGGUGCUGGAGGUCGACAACGUCAAAUAUUGCGGCUACUGCAAAUAUCACUUCAGCAAGAUGACCUCUCGCCAUUCCGGCUCCUUCCUCCCGGGCCGCAGGAGCCGCUCGGCCUCGCCCCCCCAGGAAAAGCCCCCGGCCCACCACGAGCGGCCAAAAAAGAGCCGGAAGGACAAGGAGAGGCCGAAGCAGAAGCACAAAAAGCGGCCGGAAUCCCCCGGGAGCCUCCCCCCGGCGCCCGCGGCUGCCGAGAAGGGCCCCGGUGGCCACCACGAGGCCACCAAGGAGGGCUCGGAGGUGGCCAGGGCGGAGGCCAAGGGCCGGAAAUCCUCCAGCCACGGCAGCAGCCACAAGGGGAAGAAGACGGGAAGCGGGAAAAGCUCCGGAGGCUUCGGAGCGGCCGGAGGGAACUUCCAGGCGGCGGGCUCCUCCUGCGGCCUGCCCGGCUCCCAGGACUUCGCUCCUUUCCCCAAGCUGGAGCAGGAGGAGGAGAAAUUCCGCAAAGCCGCCAGCUCCAGCUCGUCCUCGCGCUGCUCGCCGCUCUCCGAGGGCCCCAAGGCCGACGUCUUCGAGCAGAAGGUCAUCUUCUCCGGCUUCGGCUCCAUCAUGCGCUUCUCCACCUCGGCCGUGGGCCCGCCGCGAGCCCGCGACGCCUCCCCCGUGGACUACAAAUCCUCCUCGGCCGGCGGCGCCGCGGGUGGCACGGCGGGUGGCACGGUGGGUGGCACGGCGGGUGGCACCGCGGGUGGCACCGCGGGUGGCACCGUGGGUGGCACCGUGGGUGGCACCGUGGGUGGCACCGCGGGCGGCGGGCACAAGCGGACGGGCGCCGAGGAGGGCGAGGUGCUCAAGGAGAAGAAGCACAAGGGCAGCAAGAAGAACAAGCACGGCCCCGGCAGGCCCAAGGCGGGUAAAGGCAAAGAGGUUUUGGGGGCUCAGCUGGCUGGGUCCACCUCCACCUCCUCCUCGCCUUUCUCCGGGGGAUCCCUGGUCAGCUCCAGCGUUGGGAAUUCAUCCCGGAGCUUCGGCCACGCCGGCAGCCUGCCCAGCCUCAGCAUGGAGUCGCCGCUGCUGGGCUCAGGGAUCUACACCAGCAACAAGGACCCGAUCCCGCUGGGCGCGGCGCUGCGGGCGGUCUGCAGCACCCCGCUGCCCUCGGGGCUGCUCCCGCACCAGGGCGGUGCCGCCCUGCCCCAGCUCAGCCGCUCGCCCUUCGGCAGCGCCAUCCCCACGGCCUGCUCCUCCUCCGGCUCCACCACCCAGGUGUUUUCCCUGGCCGGUUCCACCUUCAGCCUCCCUUCCUCGCACAUUUUCGGGAGCCCGCUGACAUCCGGGCUGUCCCUGAACCCCCUCCUGAGCCAGCCGGAGAGCAGCCGGGCAGAGCCCGACCUGGAGGAUUGCGGCUUCGGCUGCCGAGGGACGUCCCCGCAGGAGAGCCUGUCCUCCAUGUCCCCCAUCAGCAGCCUGCCGACCCUCUUCGACCAGACCGUGUCGUGCAGCAGCAGCGGGCAGCUGGACAACGUCCCGCAGGCCACCCCCAACAUCGAGCAGCUCCUGGAGAAGCAGGGCAACGGCGAGGCCGGCGUCAACAUCGUGGAGAUGCUGAAGGCGCUGCACUCGCUGCAGAAGGAGAACCAGCGGCUGCAGGAGCAGAUCAUGACGCUGACGGCCAAGAAGGAGCGGCUGCAGCUGCUCAACGUCCAGCUCUCCGUGCCCUUCCCCGUGGUCACCGCCGGCAGCAACGGCCCCGCCGGCCAGGCCCACUACAUCCUGCCCGCCAACGCGUGCGCCGGCGACUCGCUGAGCGCCAAGAGCCCCCCGUGCAAGAACAGCUUCGGCAUCGAGAACUCGCUCUCCACCUCCUCCGAGGAGCCCCCGUCGGGCUGUCCCAGCCGGAGCAGCUCCUCGCUGUCCUUCCACAGCACCCCGCCGCCCCUGCCCCUGCUGCAGCCCAGCCCCGCCGCGCUGCCCCUGCCCGGGGCGCAGCCCCUGAACGGCCUGGCCAGGGGGGCGAGCGGGGGGCUGGCAGCCGCCUCGGGGGCCGGCCACGGCCUCCCGGCGGUGCCCGGCGUGGUGGACGGCUUGUUGGGCAGCUUGGCCGGGGCGCAGCAGGUGCCCCUGAACGGGAUCCUGGGCAGCCUGAACGGGGCGCAGGCAGCGCAGGGUGCCCCGCAGCCCGGCGGGACCCCGGCGCUGCAGCUCUCCGGGAGCCUGAGCAGCCUGAGCCCGCUGACGGAGCAGCAGCGGCACGUCCUGCAGCAGCACGAGCAGCAGCUGCAGCAGCUGCAGCAGCUCCUGACCUCGCAGCCGCUUAACCCGCCGCUGGGUGACAAGGGCGCUCCGCUGGCGCAGGACAAGGGAACCUGCUGGGGCCACCAAGAGCCACGCUGGGGCAACGAGGAACCCGCUAGGGCCACCAAGAACCUGCUGGGGCCACCAGGAACCUGCUGGGGCCACCAAGAGCCACGCUGGGGCAACGAGGAACCCGCUAGGGCCACCAAGAACCUGCUGGGGCCACCAGGAACCCGCUGGGGCCACCAAGAGCCCUGCUGGGGCAAUGAGGAACCCGCUGGGGCUACCAGGAACCUGCUGGGGCCACCAAGAACCCGCUGGGGUCACCAGGAGCCCGCUGGAGUCACCAGGAACCCGCUGGAGUCACCAGGAACCUGCUGGGGCCACCAGGAGCCUGCUGUGGUCGCCUAUGCCCUGCUGGGGUCACCAGGAACCCACUGGGCCACCAGGAACUCACUGAGGUCACUUGUCACCUGCUGGGGUCACCUGUCACCUGUGCCCUGCUCCACCUGCCCCACAGAGCCCCAGCGGAUCCUGCCGGGAGCUUGGGGAGCCCCGAGACCCCCAGAUCCUUGGGGAGGGACAUGGUGGCACCUGGAGGAGUCCAAGGACGUGACCCUGGAUGUGGCACUGCCCAGGGAGGACGUGGUGGCACCUGGAGGUGUCCCAAGAGCCAGUGCUGGAUGUGGCACUGCUGGAGAAGGGACGUGGUGGCACCUGGAGGUGCCCAAGGAUGCAAGGACAGAUGGAUGGGGAUGGACAGAGGUGGGCAGGAGGUGGCACCACCCGGGAGGACGUUGUCACCUGUGCCAGCUGCCGGAGGGGCGGGGUUGUCCUUCCCGCCUGGAAUUCCCAAAGGUCUCAGCAGGAGAAGGAUCCAGGCUGGGGUUGUCCAACAUCAGAAGGAGCUCCUGGACCCGGGAGAGGAUUCCUGGACCAGAGUUUGGAGAUGGAAAUUUUUGUGGGGAGGAGAAUCCCAAAUCCCAAAUCUGCGUUUUCCAGCCUGCCAGAAAUCAUUCCCACAAAAUUCCUUCUUCCGGUGGUGCUGGGAAGAGCCAUCUCCAAGGAAUGGGACAGCAAGUACCGUCCUGAGCCUGGGAUGGCAGAACUUCCAUCGUUCUCCACCUUCCAACCGUGGUUCCAUCUUCAGCCUGGAAUAUCCAACGGGAAUCCAUUUCCAUGGAUGGAUGGAUGGAUGAUGGAUGGAUGGAUGGAUGGAUGGAUGGAUGGAUGGAUGGAAUCCAUGGAUGGAUGGAUGGAUGGAUGGAUGGAU